GCCCAGCUCGGUGGCCGGAAGUAGUCCGUGACUGCAGCAGCCGUUUCAGGGAUGGCGGACCGUGCGACCCUGGAAGAGGCCGUGAGGCUCCAGGGCGAGCGAGUGCGGGGUCUCAAGCAGCAGAAGGCGGGCGCCGAGCUGAUCGAGGAGGAGGUAGCCAAGCUCCUAAAGCUGAAGGCACAGUUGGGCCCUGAUGAAGGAAAACAGAAGUUUGUGCUUAAGACUCCAAAGGGCACAAGGGACUACAACCCUAGGCAGAUGGCAGUUCGAGAAAAGGUUUUUGAUGUGAUCAUCAGCUGCUUCAAGCGCCAUGGUGCAGAAGUAAUUGAUACUCCUGUGUUUGAAUUGAAGGAAACACUGACUGGAAAGUAUGGGGAGGACUCUAAACUUAUCUAUGACCUAAAGGAUCAGGGUGGUGAGCUGUUGGCCCUUCGUUAUGACCUCACUGUUCCUUUUGCUCGAUACUUGGCAAUGAAUAAAUUGACCAACAUUAAACGCUACCACAUUGCCAAGGUGUACCGACGAGAUAACCCUGCAAUGACUCGUGGUCGUUAUCGGGAGUUCUACCAGUGUGAUUUUGACAUUGCUGGGCAGUUUGAUCCCAUGAUCCCUGAUGCAGAAUGUCUGAAAAUCAUCUGUGAGAUCCUGAGUGCACUUCAGCUGGGGGACUUUCUUAUCAAGGUGAAUGACAGGCGAAUUCUGGAUGGGAUGUUCAAUGUCUGUGGCGUUCCUGACAGCAAGUUCCGUACCAUUUGCUCUUCAGUGGACAAGCUAGACAAGAUGUCAUGGGAGAAUGUGAAGAAUGAAAUGGUGGAAGAGAAAGGCCUGGCCUCUGAGGUGGCAGAUCAUAUUGGGGCCUAUGUGAAGCAGCAUGGUGGAGUGUCCCUAGUAGAGCAGCUACUGCAGGAUCCCAAACUCUCACAGAACAAGCAGGCCCUGGAGGGAUUGGGAGACCUGAAACUUCUGUUUGAGUAUCUGACCCUGUUUGGUAUUGCAGAGAAGAUUUCCUUUGACUUGAGCCUGGCUCGAGGCCUGGACUAUUAUACAGGGGUGAUCUAUGAAGCAGUGCUUCUUCAGAGCCCAACCCAACAGGGGGAGGAAGCACUUGGUGUGGGCAGUGUGGCUGCUGGAGGGCGCUAUGAUGGACUUGUUGGCAUGUUUGACCCCAAGGGUCGCAAGGUGCCAUGUGUGGGGCUCAGCAUUGGGGUUGAAAGGAUCUUCUCCAUUGUGGAACAGAGGAUGGAGGCUUCUGAGGAAAAAGUUCGGACCACGGAGACCCAGGUGCUUGUGGCUGCAGCCCAAAAGAAGCUCUUGGAGGAAAGGUUAAAGCUUGUUGCAGAACUGUGGGACAGGGGAAUUAAGGCUGAGCUACUAUACAAGAAGAACCCCAAAUUGCUGACCCAGUUGCAGUACUGUGAGGAGACUGGCAUCCCACUGGUGGCCAUCAUUGGGGAGCAGGAGCUGAAGGACGGUGUCAUCAAACUGCGCUGCGUGGCUAGCAGAGAAGAGGUGGAUGUUCGGAAAGAAAACCUUGUAGAAGAAAUCAGGAAACGAACAAGCCAGUACCCUGCCACCAUCUGCUGAACUGAAGGAAGUCAGUGGAUAGUAGAAAUUGCACUACUUGGAAGCUGGUCCAUCUUCUUCAGUUGCUUUGCACAAUCUACUCCCAGAGGGAAGAAUUAGAGGAAGUGCAGAGCUAAUUAAUGUUUUCUUGUAAAAUCACUGGCAAGGAUAGCCAGCAUAUAACUCCAUUUUCUCAAAGAGGUUGCUUUCUGGAGCUGCCCAGGACAUGGAUAUGAACUGAAUCUUCCCAGGCUGGGUUGGCCCUGGGUGUCCUCUUUCCUCUCCCACCCCCACUAGUGCAUUAUGUGUGCAAUGUCCCCAUGUUUAUGGCAGAAAUGCCUUGAUGCCAACAUUUCCCAUCAAUUUUGUGAAGCCGAUUGCCUGUGGGUCCAAUAAAAUGCCUAAAACUUC